UCGAUAGCAUCUUCCCCUCCUUCACUCCCUCUCUCUUUUUCUGCCUCCAGAAAUCUUCAAUUUUCAUGGGAUGUUUCUAUUAUAAUAAUCCAUGCCCAGUUUGGAACCAAGAUUGAUCACUGAAGAAGAAGAAGAAGACAAGAAAUGUAUAUUGGUGCUCUCGCCAAUGGCUUCAUCAUCCACACACCAAAGGUUCGGAUUCAUAGACCUAAUAAUAACCUUCUCCAUUCCAAUUUCAUCAAUCAAAUGCAGAUGAAAUCAAACCCAUAUGCUCUUCCUACCAAACAAAGAAUCAAACCCUUCUUCUUCUAUGCUUCUGCUACACCUUCUUCACUCGAAACUUCUAAACCAUCAUUCCGAUCCAAGAACCCAAAAGACAUUAACAUUCUGAUUGUGGGUUCAACUGGGUACAUUGGUAAUUUCGUUGUGAAAGAAUUAGUCAAGAGAGGAUUUAACGUUAUCGCAGUCGCUAGAGAAAAGAGUGGAAUUAGAGGAAAAUUUAGCAAAGAAGAUGCAUUGCAGCAGUUAAAUGGAGCUAAAGUGACCUUUUCAGAUGUAACCCAAUUGGAUUCUUUGGAGAAAACCUUAAACGAUUUAGGUGUUUCAAUCGAUGUAGUCGUUUCUUGUCUCGCCAGCCGCAACGGUGGCGUUAAGGAUUCAUGGCUAAUCGAUUAUGAGGCGACUAAGAACAGCCUUAUUGCAGGUAGAAAUCAUGGCGCUUCACAUUUUGUUCUUUUAUCUGCAAUUUGUGUACAAAAACCCCUUCUUGAAUUCCAACGUGCGAAACUGAAAUUCGAAGCUGAAUUGAUUGAUUCGGGUUUGACUUACAGUAUUGUGAGACCAACUGCGUUUUUUAAAAGUUUAGGUGGGCAAGUAGAAUUAGUGAAAACUGGAAAACCUUAUGUAAUGUUCGGUGAUGGAAAAUUGUGUGCUUGUAAACCGAUAAGUGAACCUGAUCUCGCUUCAUUCAUAGCAGAUUGUGUUAUGGGUGAAGAUAAGAUUAAUCAAGUUUUGCCAAUUGGUGGACCGGGAAAGGCAUUGACUCCAUUAGAACAAGGAGAAAUGUUGUUUAGUCUAGUUGGAAAAGAACCCAAAUUCAUAAAAGUUCCAAUACAGAUAAUGGAUUUCGCGAUUGGUGUUCUUGAUUUUCUGGUAAAGAUAUUCCCUUCGUUGGAAGAUGCUGCUGAGUUUGGAAAGAUUGGAAGGUAUUACGCUGCUGAAAGUAUGCUGAUUUUAGAUCCUGAAACCGGUGAAUACAACGAUGAGAAAACGCCUAGCUAUGGAAAUGAUACAUUGGAAGAAUUCUUUCAAAGGGUACUCAGAGAAGGAAUGGCAGGUCAAGAACUCGGAGAGCAGACCAUAUUCUAAUCUUUUAGAAUUAAAGAUUUGAUUUUUGUUAUAGAUAAUUGUUGUUUUCCUCUGAAACUGGAGUAAGUAAGUAAGUAAAUUGAUUCA